CAGUUGGCAAACGAUACGAAAAGCGAACGCAGUUCAGCGUAAAGUCGAACAAAAAACUUAAAUCUAAAGAAAAUAAAAGUGUGCUCAAUAAUUUUUACUGGCCAGUUCUGAUACAGCUAACCGCUGUUUGUUUUUUAUCAUUGCCUUGAGUUCCCGUAUUCAAAGUUGGCCACUAUCCGUUAUCGAAAAAAACAAUCUAAUUGAAAAUAGCAAAAGUAGGAAAAAAAAAAUAGAGUAUCGCAAAAUUAAUUGGCCCAUGUUACGGCGCAACGAUUCCCCGUACCCAGCACCGUGUCCGGUUGAUUUAGUUGCUUAAAGCACGUCGCGCAUUCGAUACGCAGCUGCCGCCCACUCGACCAGAACUUUGCAAUUGACUCAAAUUAGGCUAUAAUUCUAGCCAAAAUGUACGGACAGCACAGGCAUCCGGGCAUCCGGAACUUUGAUUCCCUGAAAACCUGGUCAAAUUGGGCCGGUGCACUUGGCGUGGCCCAAGCCUGCAUCUGGAUAGCGCUCACGAUCACGGCAAUCUGUGCGUACACCUGCCACGUCUAUAUAACCGACAACAUGACUUAUGGCACCUUCGUGAAGAUCAUCUUCUUCGAGGUCUACUUCCGCGGCAGUUGCAAGAUGUCGACGAAUUACUAUCAGAACUUCAAUUCGACCAUGUUGGACCAGGUCACAACUGUCUUUGAUCCCACGCAGGUUCUGGUCUGGGACUGCGUUUAUCUUGGCGUCUCGGUCUGCUGGCUCGUCGUCUCCAUCGUGCUUCUGACUUGCGUGCGCAAAGACGAUGUCAAGCUGACCCUGGGCGCUAUCUACAGCUGGGCAUUCUUUGUGGCCUCCAUCUGUGCAAUGGACUUGGCCUCCGGCGUCAUCUUUGGCGUCGACUUUGGCCGUUUCCAUGCCAAGGCGUCCGAGUACAAUGCGAACAGCAUCAAUAUCGGCGUCAUCGAUCCCAAUGCGGCCCAGCUCAUUGCGGGAGGCGUUGCUGCCAUAUCCAUGAUGCUCAUCUCGUUCAAGGGCUUCAUCCUGUGGUACAUAAACCUGCAUUUGCUGGUCGUUUUGCUGGUGCGCGGCGUGCAAAUAGAGCAUGAUAAGGAUGGUUCGGACACGCUCUUCAUGCCACGCAAGGACUCCAAUGAUAUUCUCACCACCAGGCCGCCCAUUCGCGCCUACGAGGAGGAGAAAGUGGAGGUGCAGGCGUAUAAUAAUGAAGCCUUCAUGCCGGACACUCGCUCCACUGCGGAGACCAUCGAGGUGAACGAGGAGGCCAUUGUGCGAGCCGCCCAUAUGUCGCGUGAUGCCAAUCUGAUGGAUCGCCGUUUCCGCAGUAUCGAUGCCUUCCAGCAGUAUCCGGCGCCGAAUGCGAACAGUCGGCCCGCUCGUCAGUCAUCGCAGGGACCUGUGCAGGAGACGAUUGUUGUGGCGACGUCGGGUUUCCCGAUGCCUGAUUACUCGCCACAGCCCAGUCCCAAUGGGAUUUUGCGGUCUCACUAUUAAACUAGGGAAAGAAGAGGGCGCCAAUGCAUUUCUACAUAAUAAUCCAUAUAAUUCUCAAAUAAUUCCCGCCACAGUAAAGCCAGUAAACAAGUAAAGCAGAUAAAGUUAAGUAAAAGAAAAGUGACGCCAAUUGUAGUUUUUUAUCAGACCGUCUUAUUUAUUUACGUUCGUUUAACAAUAGAUGUAUAUACAACCUGCAAUUGCAACUGUGACUACAAUAUACAUAUACAUAUUUAUACUUAUUUGCACACCCAGUAUAAU